AUGCCCAGCGACUUGGAUGGAGUCUACGAGUCAUUUGCGAAAUGUGUAAGUGGGUCCGGGCUUGUCGUAUUUGUGGUGAAGUUUGACCCCGACUCCAACCUGCUGUUGGAUGACUACAACUUCGAGAUGUUCAUGAGACUCCAAUCGCUGCAGAAACAGCUUCGGAUAAAGAAUUUGAAGUUUAGAAAUUUGCAGAUAUUGAGUCUCAUUAAUGCAAGUCUUGUGAAGUUUAUAUGCUCUAUUAAAUGCGGCAAUAUGACCAACCCGCAAAUUUCAACAGGCGAGUUUGGAAAGCCUUCGUUGGAAGACGGCUCGUUCACAUUCAACAUCUCCGACGAGUUCAAUAUGGUGGCGAUAGCUGUGGACUUUGAAGCGAGAGGUGAAAUAGGAUUGGAUUUGGCAGAUUUGGUUGAAAUGAGGCCGUUAGUUCCGGAUGUGAGCAAAAACUGGACUGCACCUACCGGGGAGAUAUUUUCUCCAAGAGAGACACAGUAUCUGCUCCAGCAGUACGAAUCGUGGCACGAGGAGAAGCAGACGAACCUGGAGACUUUGCUUACACAAUACUGGUCUUUGAAGGAAGGGUAUACAAAAUUUAUUGGGUUGGGCUUGAAUUAUCCGCUGGUGAAAUGCGAGUUUCUACAAUCAGAGACCAUUUUGAAAAGGUCGGAAAAACUUGACUUUUCUCCGCAAGAUCUCCAUUUCAAGGACCUUGAAACCAAGUGGGUAAACUCCGAAUGCAUAUGUGUUCCAAAAACAACCUCUUUCUCCACUAGACUCAGCGAACGGAUCUUCUGCUCAGUGCUGGUGGAUGCGUCUAUUUCCUACGAGCCUCCGAAACUGAUAAGCGUUUCGUUAGAAGCAAUGCUGGCAUUUUGCAAGAGUGCCCAGGAUUGA